CGAUAAAAUAUAAUAUAAUUUAAAAAGUCCGAGAAAUACAACUUUCGAGGCGGAUUGUAUACUUCUGGACAAAAGGGGUGACCCCCCACAUGGAUGGGGGCCAACCCAUGAAUUUGGGCACACAAAAUGAGAUAUGGGCAGCCAAUUUGAGGAGGAAGGUGAGUAGAGGUUGGGUUGACUUGAGAGGCAUCUAAAAGGACAAAAGUGGGUCUCUCAACCCACACUUAUUGCCUAUUGAGACAAAAGAGCCAACUCCACCCCCUCACCUCAUCAUUUUCGAUCAACACACCCCAAUCAAGUUCAAGAAACCCUCUAGCCAUCUCUCACCAUUGUUGAAGGAGGCUCCUACAAGAAGGAAGCUCAAGGAAAAAGUCUAAGUUCCAAAAAGUGUACAAAACUUGGGGAAAACUAGAUUUCGUGAUGGAUCGCCGGUCUGUGAUGAACAGGGCCGCUGCGAAGGCCAAGGAGGAGCUGGCCGCCAAGGAAGCCGCAGCGAAGGCCGCUGCCAGUAGUGAUGCUACGAAGAGGCCCCCUCCUCAGCCGAAGAAGAAACGGUCGGCGAAGGAGACGCAGAGGAAGCUGACGGAGGCCGGCAUGCAGUCUGCCAAGAGGUCGAAGAAGGCUUCGUCCUUUGCCACCGCCGAUGAGGCCGGCGUGCUAACCGUCCCAAUCGUGGACGAAGGAGGGUCAAGCGCUGCUGCUGCCCUUGUAGACCUUGGCUCUGGUCUCACCAGAGGGGAAUCUCAAACCCUUCCCCUCGCUGAGGACUCCCGGCCGAAGCGGGCCGGCAAAGAGGUUGAAUACCCCAAGGAUGGGGGGGUUUUCAACGAUGGCGUUGACGGUCAUACUGUCCUCUCCCAGGCCAUCCCGGCCAAGGACCGGGUAUAUCUUGACAAGCUGGGAGAUGUCAAGAUAUACGAUGGUGGUAUGGACCUCGUCGUCCAGGGUGCCUUUAUGCUUAUGGAGAGCCAUAAGAGGUAGCAACGGGAGAUAGCCCGUUUGCAAGAAUUUGAAGAGAAGGCAGCCUCGGUCGAUGAGGCCAUGAGCUGUCUGGGGAGGCUGCGGGCGGACUUUGCGGCUUUGCAAAGGAAAGCUGAUGAGGCCGAUGCGGCCAAGGAAGAGGCACUGGCCAACCUAGCCGCUGAGAAGAGUGCCCGUGAGGCUGAUCGUCUUCGGGCGGAGGAGGCCGAGAGGGCCAAGGCCGAAGAUGAGGCUGCGGCGGUGAAGGCUGCCGAUGAUGCAGUCGCAAGGUUCCUGGAUGAGGGCUGGAAGGCCGAUGAGCGCCUCCCUUGGUGCUAUGAGGUCGUGGCGGCCAAGCUAGAGGAUUGGGGGCAGAACUCCCCUGCCGGCCAAGAGUACUUUGAAUGGGAGAUGUCCGUAUACUAUAAUAUGGGCCAGCAUCGGAUGCAGAGGCUCAUCUACCGCCGGUUGAGUCGCGCCCUCAGGACCCUGAACUAUACCCGGGGUUGGGUCAGGCGGAAUCUACGGCUUCCUCGGCUGAUGAGAGACCCGGAGGAGCAGGCCAACCUUCCUUUGUGUGAUAGGCAGGCUCCGAUAGAGAGUUCCG